CAUCCGCCGACGCCGUCCGGGGCUCUAAAGCCCGCAGACCUCCGAGGCGGCCGUCACUUCUCCGAGUCGGAGCCAUGGCGACAACAGCUCAGUACAUCCCGCGGAAUAACUCCUUGCCGUCCAACCCGCUCAUGCACCCGGACUCGGACCGCAUGCACCAGGGGACCACCUACCGGGAGGUGCAGAAAAUGAUGCACCACGAGUACCUGCAGGGGCUGGCGGCUACCAACACGGGACACCCGAUGAGCCUGACGCACCACCAGUGGCUGCAGCCCACGUCCAACAGCGACUGGACCACCGGCACGCACCUCGGCCAGCAGGAGCACAAAGGCGGCGGCGGAGGCGGCGGCGGCGGCGGCGGUGGAGGAGGAGCAGGGAGCCGCGAGGACCUGGCCGCCGGCUUCCACCACAGGUCCCACUUGGUGCACCAGCAGACGCAGGCGGCGCACCACGGCGCGUGGGCUCCAGCCAGCGCGCACCACCUGUCCCCGCUGUCGCCGGCGUCGGGCGGCGGCGGCGGCGGUGGCGGCGGCGGCCACCAGGCUCUGGUCUACUCGCAGCCCGGAUACACGAACCUGAACGCCAUGCUGGGCAGCCCCCAGCCGGGCGCCCUGCACCACGGCUUGCGCGAGCCGCUCCACGACGACGCGGCGGCGGCGGUGCACGACGGCCACAUGGAGUCCCCACAGCAGGCGUUCGGCCACCACCAGGACCACUCGGACGAGGACGCGCCCAGCUCCGACGACCUGGAGCAGUUCGCCAAGCAGUUCAAGCAGCGGCGGAUCAAGCUGGGCUUCACGCAGGCGGACGUGGGCCUGGCCCUGGGGACCCUGUACGGCAACGUCUUCUCGCAGACCACCAUCUGCCGCUUCGAGGCGCUGCAGCUGAGCUUCAAGAACAUGUGCAAGCUGAAGCCGCUGCUGAACAAGUGGCUGGAGGAGACCGACUCCAACACGGGCAGCCCCACCAACCUGGACAAGAUCGCCGCGCAGGGCCGCAAGCGCAAGAAGCGCACGUCCAUCGAGGUGGGCGUCAAGGGGGCGCUGGAGAACCACUUCCUCAAGUGCCCCAAGCCGUCGGCGCACGAGAUCAGCACUUUAGCGGGCACGCUGCAGCUGGAGAAGGAGGUGGUGCGCGUUUGGUUUUGCAACCGGAGACAGAAGGAGAAGCGCAUGACGCCCGUGGGGGUCCCGCACCCCAACAUGGACGACGUAUAUUCCCAAGCGGAGACCCCCCCGCUGCACCGCUCGCUGCACAGCCCCGUGCAGUGACUUGACUUGACAGCCCUGAACGCCCCCCGCCGCCCCCUUACCCACCACCACCAGGCUCCUUUGUAGACAAAUAAAAGGGACUUCGUGGAGUUUACACUAUUUAAGUUUCCUCGACGAGACUUUUUUUUUUUGGGGGGGGGGGGGGGGGGGGGGGGGGGGAGUUGUGUGCAGUUUUUUUUUAAACUUAGCAUUGGGAAUAAAUGUUGAGAAAAAAAAAUCACAUCUAGUGACAAAUAUUCCAUUUAAAGCAAGACAAAGAUUUAUUUACCAAAAUUAUAACGGAGGAGAUGUAAGGAGAAUCAUCAUCUCCUUCCCCUUUUUUUGGGACCGUGAACGCACCACACGCCUGCAAAAAAAAACAAAACAACAACAACAAAAAACACUGGAGAUGAAAAGUCAGCACUGAAUGAACUUGUUUUUCCUUUGCUUGUUCUUUUAUUAUUAUUAUUGUUGUUUUUUUAAUUUCCAAACAUUUUAACCCGAGUGUGUACUGUCGUGAUCUUGUUGUUUUUUUUGGGGGGGGGGGGAGACUUUGGAAAUUUGCAGUUUAUCAGGGUGAAAAUUUGGGAGGAAAACGAUGAGAAAUUAACGAAUAUUCCAAACGCGUCAGGACGAACAUGCUCUGAUUGCACGCCUUAAUAAUAUUUCUUUGUUUGUUCGUUUUUUUUUUGUUUUUUUUUUAAAUCACACCUGACCAAACGUCGAAAUUUGCAACAGCAGACGCUAAAAAAAACACCAAAAAAACUGCAUUUCGUUUCCUUUUAUUGUGGAUGUUUUCCUCUCUUUUUUUUUUCUUUUUUUACUUCUUUGCAUGGAGCACUUACUUACUUUUUUGUUAGUUUUUUUUAUUACAACAUUUCCAAACAGAUUGCCCCUCUACCUCCACCACCACCACGAAGUUGGAGCAACUCAGGUAACUUUCAGUGCCCCCCCUGCAGCAACUCCCAAUGUCAAAACAUCACACUUUCUCCGAUACUGACAAACUCGCGGGGCCGUGAAAGCAACGCGGCCGAGGAUUUUUUUUUUUUUUUUUUUUGUCUGUAUGUUAUACUUUUCAAAUCGUAUUUAUUUGACGUCUUUGUGUGUCCUGAAGCAGUCCAAAACAAAAAAAAAAAAAAAAAAAAAAAAAACGAGCAGUGCUAUUCACCAGACAGAUAAGGGAUUUUUUUCCAAGAAAAAAAACAGGAUAAUUAUUAAAAAAUAAAAAAAAGUUUUAAAAAAAAGGAGGUAAUUUUAGAGAAAAUGUGUAAAUAUGUCCAAUAUGUAAAACCUGUAUUUGUUCUGAAACAUGUUUUUUUUUUGUUUCUUUCUUUUUCCGGGCAGUUUUGUACACUUACUAAUAAUAUCCCAAAAGAUAUUUUAAUAUGAUUUUUUGAUUUAUUGAUGACUCAUUUAUAAAUAUAUAUUUAUUAUUUCUUUAAGUGUUUUUUGUUUGUUUGUUUGUUUGUUUGUUUGUUUUGUUUAGCUCUGUUGUUGUUUUCUUUUUUAUAUAUAUUUGUUGCAGUGGAUGAUUUCACUCUCUCUUUCGUCAUUGACUGUACGUUGAUUGCUCUCUAAAUGUAGACUGCAAAGUCACAUUUCUAUUUAUGUUAUAGUAAUAUUUUAUUACUUACAUAAAAACGUAUAUACA